AUGCUAGGACGCGUCCUACUUCUGACCGCGAGCCUUCUGUCGCUGGCAUCAGCAGAAUGGGUCGACUACGAUAGGCCUUCUAUCUACUCCAAGUCAACGCAGUAUACAGUGAAAGUCAACGGCACCUUCGCGAAUACCGUCAACUAUGCAGACUACGACUACGUCCAGCUGUCUAUGAGCGAAGGGUCCAACACUGAGUUCCGCAUUGCCACGGCAUCUGGAUCCAAGAUCACCGGAACGCCAGUCAUCUCCCCCAAGCAACUACCGAUCGACUACAAAGUCGAUGGGAACGAAUUGAUCUUCAACCUGAAGAAGGUCCACUACAUCAUCCUCAAGCUGAACAAUUUGAAGGAGCUGGUACUUAUGAUCGACCGCAUGGAGGACGGUGCGCCCCCUUCUAAAGGAACAGGCAUCAUGAACGUGCUCAACCAUGGUGCCGACAACAAGGGAAGCGCCGUUACAGAUGGUAUCCAGAAGGCCCUCGAUGCUGCUGGCAAGAAGCCCGGAACCACCGUCUACGUACCGCCCGGCCUAUACCUCGUCGGAAACCUGAUAAUCCCGAGCCAGACGUCCCUAUACCUCGCCGGCGGCUCAGUUCUGCGCAUGACAGGCAAGAAAGCAGACUACAAAGUGCUUUACACCAAAUCUGACCUCGGCGACGGCACAUGGUGGAUCCGCACCGCCUUCGACUCCAAGGACAUCCGCAUUUUCGGCCGCGGCACCAUUGACGGCAACGCCGAGGCCAUGAAGAAAGACAAGCUCAUUGCAUCCAUGGUGGUCCCGGUCGGCACGACGAACUUCAAGAUGGACGGCGUCCUCGUGCGGGACUCGUCGUUCUGGGCUGUGAUCCCGACGCAAGUCACAGGCGCGAAGCUCACGAACAUCAAGAUCCUGAACAACAUCAACGGCAAGCAGAACGACGGCAUCGACGUGCAAGAGUCUAGCGACGUGAAGGUCUGGCGCGCCAUCGCCAUCGCAAACGACGACAGCUUUUCCACCAAAACCUGGCUGAAGGACGUCGGCACCACGGUGCCGUUCCCGUACGACCCGCGCCCGCUGCGCGACGUGUCCUUUGACCAGUGUCUCGCCUGGACGCGCUGCUACGGUUACAAAGUCGGGCAGGGCGUCUACACGGACCAGACCAACGUCGUCUUCAAGAACAGCGUCGUGUACUACGGCGGCGUCGGCCUCGGCAUCGACCACAAAUUCGGUUCUGGCACAGCGCGCAACAUUAGCUUCGUGAACAUGGAUCUUGAAAGGCUGGCUGGGGAGCCCGGAGGCACGGGCACGUGGUUGGCGGUGUUUGUGGAGAAUGUCAAGAAAGGUGUUGGUCCGAUCGAGGAUAUCACGGUGCAGAACGUGCGCGCGAGGAGCACCGGGAAGUACCAUGGGAAGUUGGCUGGGUAUAAUGAGAGUUCGUACCUGGAUGGGGUGGUUAUUUCCGAUGUUUAUAUGCUGGGGAAUAAGACGGCGGCGAAGACGUUGGCGGAGCUGGAUAUCAAGUGGACGCAGUUCUCGAAGAACGUGCAGAUUAAGAACUCGAAGUGAGCUGGCAGGAGGGUUGUCUUUCUGGGCGAUGAGCCGGC